AUGCGCGCCAGUGGCGCCCCUAGAGGCUCCUCACAGAAGCGGCUCUUUUGUGCGCGAUGAUGACGUACGGGCUCGUAUGUAGUAGCGUGAACGCGCGCAGUGGUGCGCUCGCUCAGAGGGGGAGAAAAGAGCCGCCGAGGAGGGCAGAAACACAAGAGAGGGGCAAUUUUUUUUUCCACGACAGCACCGCGGCUUGGGAACAAACCAACUGUGUCGAGUUGGCUGGCAUGGAGCUGAGCGUUGCCGUUCUGAGCCGUUUCGAGCAGUCCACCUAAGCCGGGGCAUUUCGGGGGCAGUUUGCUGUUGGUCCCGGGGGUUUGUGGAGCCCGUGUAAAUCUGUUGCUAGCAGCGCUCGAAUGCUAGUUAGCUCCGCUGCUAAGCAGCUAGCCAACACUGCGAAUCAAUUGUGUCGGAGAUCUCGGAUUUACGCUUUAAAGCGGUUUCGCUCGUCCGCCUCUCUCGGGAUUCGUUUUGCCCGUUGAGUUUUGCCAUUUUUCAAAGUGAGGGGACGUUAAUACGCGAACGCCCGAGUUUCUAUUUCGAUUUAUUUCCAGCAGGGACUUUUUCCUCCUCUCUAUUAGCUUGUUAGCCGCUCUGGUUGGUUUAGUCCAGCUUGUUAGUAGUGUCUGAGAUUUCUACUGUAAUAGCUGUCAGCGACAACAACCUCUUGACGAAAAGCCAGAUUGUUGACGUAUAUGUGGCCAUGAAUGGUUUUACGGAGUUGUUUAGAGAGGCGAUACUUUGAGAUGCCGCGCGUGGGAUACUUCAUGUUUCCAGGGACGCUUUUAUUUUCUUCUUAGACUGCUUUAUGGGAGUGCUAGUGUGCAGCGUUUUGCUUUAGACAAUACUGGGGUUUGCAGGAAUUGCAUGCGGUCUGAUUUUUUCCCCCCUCAUGCAAACUAGUUAUUCACCCUUUUCCAUCAAUCGCGCUUCGUUUUGAUGUGGUUAAAUCCCACAUUUCAGUCGCACUCUCGUUGUUUUUUUAUCUAGUGGUUCGUUUGUAUUCACGCUGUUGGUGGUACAUGGUCACCAAGACAGGUCGCUGAAACACGUUCAUUGGUUUGCGGCGGGGAAACGGCGAGAUUCGGCUUUAAAGUAUUAUGGAUGAUCAGACCCGAAUGCUGGCUAGCAUGGGCGGACUCGGCGGACUCUCUCAAGCCGACGUGGGUGACCCCGAUUCGGUUCGGAAGCAGCAAUCCCUCGGUCAACCGCAGCAAGACAUAGGGGAUAUUCUCCAACAGAUCAUGGCCAUCACCGACGAGAGCCUCGACGAAGCCCAGGCGAGAAAACACGCACUGAACUGCCACAGGAUGAAGCCGGCUCUCUUCAGUGUUUUAUGCGAGAUCAAAGAAAAAACUGUGCUGAGCAUCAGAGGUGUACAGGAGGAGGACCCCCCGGACCCCCAGAUCAUGCGUCUGGAUAACAUGCUUCUGGCCGAGGGCGUGUCCGGGCCCGAGAAGGGUGGCGGCUCGGCGGCGGCGGCCGCAGCUGCAGCAGCGGCUGGAGGAUCACCCAACGACGGCAGCAUCGAGCACUCCGACUACAGAGCCAAACUCGCACAGAUCCGCCAGAUCUACCACUCCGAACUAGAGAAAUAUGAACAGGCCUGCAGUGAGUUCACCAAUCACGUGAUGAACCUGCUGAGGGAACAGUCCCGCACACGGCCUAUCUCACCCAAAGAGAUCGAGCGCAUGGUGGCCAUCAUCCACCGCAAGUUCAGCUCUAUCCAGAUGCAGCUCAAGCAGAGCACCUGUGAGGCCGUCAUGAUUCUUCGCUCUCGCUUCCUCGAUGCCAGACGUAAGAGACGCAAUUUCAAUAAGCAAGCCACAGAGGUGCUGAAUGAGUACUUCUACUCUCACCUCUCCAACCCGUACCCCAGUGAGGAAGCCAAGGAAGAGUUGGCCAAGAAAUGUGGGAUCACUGUCUCUCAGGUUUCGAAUUGGUUUGGCAACAAGAGAAUUCGGUACAAGAAGAACAUUGGUAAGUUCCAGGAGGAAGCAAACCUGUACGCCGUUAAAACAGCCGUGGACGCUGCCAAUGUGUCGGCACAGGCCAGCCAGGCAAACUCUCCAGCAACACCCAACUCAGGGUCAUCUGGGUCGUACACCCUCUCUCACGCAGGAGAUGCCUACCUCGGGCUGCGAUCACUCAACGGGGAUGGCGUCAGCGUCACUCCCGCUGUGCAGCAGCAGCAGGUGGAUAUCCUGCACCGUGCUACACACCUGACGGCAGGCUAUGAAGAUCUGUCAGGAAGUCCUCUUUACACCCCACGCCGUCUAGAUGCUAACAACAGCUGGCAAGACAACACCAACCCUUCCUCCAUCACCUCUCCACCAGCACCACCUGGCAGCAUCCACUCCGACACCUCCAGCUAAUGUAGCUCACGCUACGCCCCACACACACACACACACUUGCUCAAACUCACUCACACACACACACACAGAGCAUCUCAUCAUCCAGUCUCGCCCGUUCUCUCCUGCUUUCGUCCUUCGCUCUAGCAGAUGUCAAAGGUCUUCCAUAGUCCUCGUUCCACUUUCUUCAUGGUGUGCCAGGGUUCUCACGCUGAACCAGACUUUCUGAAACACACACACACACACACACACACACACACACGCUCCUCUCGAGCAAAAGACGCAGAACGUCACAUUUGCUGAGGAUGAGUCAGAAUAAACCUCACGUCCUCUACAGCAGUCUUUGUGUGGAAAACACAAAGUCUGGACAGUCUACGCCCAACUCCACGUUACCUUUCCUGUUCCAACCUGUCACGAUGGGGAAUACGCAACAACUCCCUCCUUGCUUGUACCAAAGUGCUGUCAACGGUUGUCGCACCUUCCGCUCGUCGAAGAACAACCUCAGACAACUGAACCAUGGAAAGCGCCAUUCAGUCUGCUUUUUAAUAUGGUUUCCGAUCGGUAUCAUCGCCGCUUCAGUACGCAAACCGAGCGUUUCACACGAAACAAUCUGUCCUGCAUUGUUCAACGUUGUGUUAAGCACAAAUCCUAUCGAUCACACUUUGAGCUGGUGGUUGGAUGGAGAGGAAUCCAUCUGUGUAAAGGUACGCCGGACAUUUGAACACUUUAACUAGCUGAUCGCGGAAGAGUUCGGCGGGAAACGUGAAAGACCUUCAGCGGAGGAGUGGCGAGUUGAAGGGCGAUUGAUGUGCGGUCGCCGACUACAUGUUACAUGUUCUUUCUCAACAGAUAUAAAAGAGAUGUUGACAUUGACCUUGUUUUUAAUAGUUUAGCUACAAUAUUUUUUUUUUUUUUUCCUAAAGCUUUUUCGCCCCCACAAUGUUGCACCAGCCACCAAAUAAAAGACUCGACAGGAACUUUUCGGAAAUGGGUUGGACGGAUAGCUGGAGUAUUCGUUUGGAUUGGGACAUGGGUGGGGUAUUUAGAAAUAUUUUUAAAAGGGAAAGAAAAAAGAUAUUCCACUGUCUUCCAUGCAUGUAGGGUGUUGAGAUGUUUUAGUGAUUCCAUUUAGCCUGACGUUUCUUUUUCUUUUCUUUCUUUUUUUUUUUUUUAAACAAAAUAUACUAUAAAAGGAGGAGGGGGUGUAAGUAAGUAACAGACCAAAUAAACAAAUGAACAACUCCAGAAACAAAAACGAAACUUCAUACUGCCCAGUCCAGCACUUCCAGCUGGUGUUUGGUUUCUCUAGGACUCUGGCGGUAUUUUAUUGAUCGCACGAUUUCAUAACAGGCAUCCGUGACACACUGACCACGUUACUCGAAAACCUUUCCGCGGAGGCCAUAGCAGUUGCCAACCAAUAAUUCUGAGCGGAUGUGAAAUGUGCUUGUUACAGAUAUCGAGGAGUUAUUUUGAUGGCCUCUCAUGUUACUGUGUUUGUGUGUACGGGUGUCUGUUUUAUAAGGGUUGGGUUGUCUCGUCACUCACUCGUGCUUUUGAACUGAUUGUAUUGUACGUGCAAUUGAAAGCACCUGUUCCUUGGUAAAGCAUGCUGUCUUUUUUCCUUUUCUUUUUUUUUAUGUCGUUGUUGCCUACGAUUUCACUAAACAAAGGAACUCAGUUUUUUUUGUUUUUGUUUUUUGUUUUUUCAAUCAGUUAACAUAGCCAAGCAACAAGGGCUUUUCUCUCCUGUCAAAUUUAACCAAAAAUAAGCACUGGAUGUGUUGUGAUUUGAAACAGAUGGACUAAAGCUUGUAGAGGAACAUCAAAUGAAUUUCUAUUUACUUUUUCCAGACAAGACAGACAUGUUGUUUUGUAUUCCCGGGACUUGGUUCUUUUUUUAUUUUUUCCUCUCUUUUUUCCCCCCCAAGUUUACCUUUAGUCACGGAAGCACCAGGGCGUUUUGAUAUAUGAAUGGAAAUUCUAUAUAUUACACAAAGGACUAAAUAACAUUGAAAUGUAAAUUGGGGUUUUGUUUAUAUGUACACAUGGAAAAACAAACUCUGAGGAGCUUUUCAAGCUAUUAUUCAGAUCAUUGUGUCCUCUAUAGAUUACUGUUAGUUAUAAACAUUUCAUAUGGAUAUCUCCAACUAAUGCUAUUACUACACCAAAUUUCUUUGUUUUCUUUUCUAUCAGUCAUCUAUGGAUGUCACUGUACAGAUUGUGGAAUGUUUCAGUGUAUUUUCUCUUUGUAUGCUUUGAUUUUUUUUUUUUUUUUUCGUUUUUUUAUCGCUGGGGGUUUUGGAUUCGCUCAUGAGCAAGAGUAAUAUUUGUUAGUCUUUGUAAUAUUCAUUUUAGCGUUUCAGUUACAUUUUAUUUGGAUCGGGAGUCUCGAGUGUUAUUUUUUUUGUGUGGUUUUGUCAGAGCUGGUAGCGUUUGUUUUGAGGUGCUGUGCAAAUUCCCUCAGUUGAUCAUCAUCAUCACACUACUAACUGCAGAAUGAGAUGUUUUAUUGGAGUUAAAUGCAUAAGCUACGUAACAAAAUGAUGAUUUUGAACACUACAUAUCUGGUACAUCCAGCCGUUGGCGUUCCUAAAUGUCUUUUUCCCCCAAAAGCGCACCUAUGACCUGUUUGGAUACUCUGGAUUAUGAUCUGAGGUGGAUUCCACAGCACCUAAUCAAAUGCCAUCAGUGUUUUUUCCCUCUAUUUUUAUCAUUAUUUUACUAGAAUUGUAGUACACGCUUCCUUCUGUAUUUACCAUUCUCUCCCUCCUCUCUACCUCUCCUCUCUCCAUUUCACUUGUAUAUAAACCCCACCAUUUUCAGACUUGGUAGUCUGUAUAAACUCCUUUUAUACCUCAACUUUAGAACUGUUCUAGUGAGAGAGAAAAAAAGAAAUAUGAGAAAAUUGUAGUGUUCCUUAUUAGAAAAACAAAAACUAAUAAAAUAAUCUAGUGUGCUUUUGA